AUGGCUUCUGAAGGGAAAACAAGUAAUCUUACGAUUGACGAUAUUGAUAACGUCGACACAACUUUGUUGACACUGAGGAAGCCGACGGAAUUGAAGAAAGUGAUCGAUUCAGUGCCAAAACCCGUGAGAGCGGUGCCAAAAAAUGGCUUACCUAUGUGGUACAAGCUGGGGCUGGAGUGCAAGUUGCCUGUGCCAAAAAUGCCGGUCGGAAAAGUUAUAUUUUCGCGCGGGAAAAUCGGAGAAGAUGUCCGAAGAGUUGGUCUUGGUAUCAGCAGCGGGCCUAGACCUACCUUCGAUCUAACAGACCCUUAUUGCAACAAUGUCACCUACGACUACGUACCAAUGCACGACCCACACCUUGCUCACCAUUUUGCACAAAAACCAGCUAGGAACAGAAUGAAGCAACUUGGGUUCUGCACGAAAGAUGGACGAGCGGUGUGCUCACUGAAGGAGUUCAAUCAAUAUAGAAAGUAUUUAUACAAUCAGUUCAUGGAUAGGAUUCAUAUGGAAAUGAAGAAACUGGAUGAACGUGCAAAAGACGACUUGACCCUAAAACGAGUGGAGACUGACGUAGCAAGGAGAAAGCAAGUGUUCACGAAAGCAGAGAAAGCGAGGGAGCAUCUUGAGAAGGUGGCUCAGGAACAUGCUGAUGAGUGGGCAGAGAAGAAAAGAGCUGCCAAAGCUCAAGAGAAGAAAAUCCAAGCUCGAAUGAAAUAUUUAGCAGAGUUCAACGCUAAACAGCGCAAGGAGCGAGCAAUGAAGGCUCGGGAUAAACAGAAUAGGAUCAAGCAAAGAGUACAAGCUGCAGCAGAGAUGGAACUCCGUCGUAAGAUCACAAUGAUACGCCAGUGGAGGGCGAAUGAGAAGAAGAGGCUAAACAGACUGAAACAGGAGAGGGAAUCAAAGCUGGUGCGGUUGGAAACUGAGGCAAACAACAAAUGGAUCGCACGUGUUGACGCUCAGAACACGAAGCUCCAGGAAGAAGCUUUGCUGCUACAGCUGUACAGUGAAGAUAUGGCAGCAGGAGCCAGGAGAAGAAGAAAGUCACCCAACGAGCCGACGGAUUACCUGAUGGUAAUCAAUCAGCGCCGCCAAUGGAGAAUCGUAAUACCAAAGGAGUUACUACAAAUACGUUUUUUUUAUGCGAUAGAUUUGCAAACGAGCAAACAGAUUACCAGAUGGAAGUCAGAAAUAUACGCUUACAAUACGGAUCUAGAGCUGCAACGAAUCAGAUUGGCCAAUUGGAAGCUGAUGCAUGGAGGGACAGCGAAGGUGGCCCGCCUCGUCAGGAAGAUGGGCUUGGAGUUUGAAAAGUCGAAGCGUGGUGCCAAAGGGAUGAGUCCAGAGUUAGCUCAGAAGAUGGCAUCAGAAGCGAUGACUAAUGCGAUGUCCACGACAGGAGACACUCUCAUGAUCCUCGGACAGGCACGAGCCAGAAUGGAUAUGGAGACUGUACUUCCUCUAGCUCCGAUCCGAAUUCUGGAUGAGAAGUGGGAUUGGAGAAAAAUGCCGCUAGUGCCGCAGGACGUAAGAGGAGUGAGUACCCGUUCAAUGUCAGAAGCGCAGCGUGUGAGGGAAGAGGGUGCUGCAGCUCAAACCAGCGAUGCAGAAGCCAAGCCUGUGCAGGUGGAUCUUCUGCUACAGCUGCAGCAAAUGAUGGCAGAGCAAGCGCGCCGCCAAGAAGAGCAAGCGCGCCGCCAAGAAGAGCAAGCGCGCUGUCAGGCAGAACAGCUGCGGGAGCUGAAAGAAGAGCAAGCGCGCCGCCAAGAAGAGCAAGCGCGCCGCCAAGAGGAGCAAGCACGCUGUCAGGCAGAACAGCUACGGGAGCAAGCACACUGUCAGGCGGAGCAGCUACGGGAGCUGAAAGAGAUGCAUAAGGAUUUCACGAAGGGACUGCAAAAGGCUGUCGAACGGGUACAAGAAGUGGAGGAAGGCGCAACGAAAGGGCUCAAGAUUCCCCAUUACGACGGAACAACAUCCUGGACCGCGUUCAAGCUACAGUUUGAGACACUUAUGGAGGCUUAUGGUUGGACUCAGAAGGAAGCACAGUCAGCCCUCACCCUGGCCCUCCGUGAUCAAGCGCUCUCAGUGCUGGAAGCUAUCGGCGCAAGUGGGGAUCUCAGCUUUAGUGCCCUCCUCGACGCACUUGAGGCACGUUUUGGAGACAGCCACCUGGAGCACGUGUACAGAGCGCAAUUAAAAGAGCGUACUCAGCGUGCUAAUGAGAGUCUACAGCAAUGGUCCGUGGAAAUCGAAAAACUUGUGCGUCGAGCUUUCCGGUCGACUCCGUCAAUGAUUGAAGGCACGCUUCUCCAAGCGUUCAUUGACGGUAUUCGGGACCCCGAAGUACGAGCUGCUGUUCAUCUGGGCCAUCACAAGAACAUGAAAGAAGCUCUGGCCCAUGCAUUGGAAGUGGAAGCCGUGCGUGGCAACUCCCGUACCUUACGUCUGCGGGAAAUGACGACAACGGAGCAGGUACCUCCACGCCGUCGGAAUUUCAUGUGCUAUGGAUGUGGAGAGCGUGGGCACAUACGGAGCGACUGCUCGAAGAAGAUGAACCGCCAGGACGCGGCGGUCUCAACUUCUGACCAGCAGGGAAACUUAAAUCCAGCCAGGGCUGCGGGGUGGGCGUUGGCUGGUAAUGGAACAACCCCAACAAUCUACAUCAAGCAAACCAACGAUGGAAAUACUCUGGUGAUAGACGGUCAAAAAGUUCGACAAAACUUCCAUCAACUAAAAAACUUCAUGUUUACGGCGGGACUCGAACUCGGGGUCUCUGUGGUGUAA